AUGAUGGACAAGUAUGAAUCGAGCGAAAAUAAGAUUUCCGCGAGGAGAUUUCAAACGAAUAACUUUCCUUGUGCCAAACCGGUGAAGAACCAUUUUGGUCUCAUCAAACGGCCAAAUCCACAGGAUCGACCACAACGAACCACGAUCAAAAAACCCGGAUACAGGCGUCAAUACCCGUCGAUUGUUGGUGCUAAACACGAAAGCGUAGCGUCGGAUGGGUUGAAAUCCGUUAUAUGUGCCGAAGAUGAUGCAGCCAUCGCUUCCUUUGCUACUUAUCAUUGUUUCUGA